CCGAGGGCCGCGCGCGCGCGGGCUGCGCUGGUAACCUCCCAAGGGCGGGCGGCCGCGCAGGGCCCGCGGGGCCCGCGGGGCAUGGAGGAGCCCGUCGCGUCGGGCGCCCGCUGACGGCAUCGUUUCGCGCGGGGGCCCCGCCCGCGUGCGCCUUCGCCGGCGUGAGGGGCCACCAUGAACCCGGCGUUCCAGUUCUCCCUGGGCCACCAGGUGCUGAACGGCCUGGUCUCCGUGGGCAGGUACGACGGCAAGCACCCGUGCCUCACCGCGGGCACCACGGCCGGCAAGGUGCUGAUCCACUGCCCCCACAACCGGGGGGCGGCGAGGGAGGAGAGCGAGGUGAUGUUCCUCAACAUCAACCGAAAGAUCACCUCCGUGCUCGCGGGGCCGCUCAACCCGGGCCUCGGCCGCGAUGUGCUGAUGGUCGGGACGCAGACCUCCUUGAUGGUCUACGACGUGGAGCAGAACGCCG